GUCCAACUGCGACUGCUCGGGCGAUCGGCAGUGCUGCACUGGAUUUGAAUCUUUUGAUCUUUUAAUGAGUCUCGGUCCUUGGGUGCCCUGCCAGUUCUGUCAUUGGCAUCAUAGCCACAGAUAUCAAGCAGCCAUGUUCUCGAGUCUCACGGGCGCGGGAAGGGCCCUUGUGUUGGAGUUUCUUUACUACGCGCUGACAGCUUGGUCUAGCAGUUGCCAAAGGUUGAGCAGCCCCCUUCUAGUACGUGGUCUUGACAAUCUAUAGAUCACCAGAGUUGCCGAUCAAUCAUGCUGAUAUCGUUCCUAUGAUCCAGUGAUACCAAACGCCGACAACGGUAUUUUACCCUAUUUUGCAUCCGAUCUUUUGUUGUAUGAUCAAUAGUGAGCUAUACAUAUAAGAUAAUCGCACGGACUCGCUAAGUUCACAACUCGGAAUCCUUGUCACUCUGCAGCUGGUCAUGCAGAACCAGGCAACUAAGAAAACCUCACGACGACAAAUGACUUCAUUUGUAAUUGGCUCACAAAGAACUCCAGGUCCGCUUGUGUCUACCAUACAAGUGAAGGGGCACCUCCGCCUCCUCAGAGCGUUCCACAAUCUGAGGGUCAUAGUAGAAGAAUGCAAGGACCGCAGGAUUCCUGCCUUCGCAGUACAGAUGGAUAGAGAUAGCCGGUGGAUGUGGUUUAUCACCCUGGCUAUUGACAGAUUCGAACGAUGGGUCAAGUCUCUGAAGUUCGUACCUCUUGAAAAAUUCAUCAGCAAACAGUUUCCACCCAUUGACGUGUGGAUGAUUUGGCAUGCCUAUCUAUUGAAUCCGUGUUGGUACGAAGAAGACUGUGAACGUCUCCUCGUUCUUCAGCAGCUUCGCCUGCUCAACAUGUUUGUUGUAGCCUCUAUCGAUGUUGGGAAACUUGCACAGAACCAGCCGACUGAAUCGCGGAUCGCCGCGUGGCACAAGCAAACUGGAUCAUUCUUCGAUCCAUUUGAUGCCAUUGAGGAGUUGACUCAUAAACAAAUGGAGUGUCCUCGAUGUCGAACCCGUGUCUUCGUUCCGUUUGUUAAUGACAAUGGAACUGGGUACUCAGAACAGCAGUUUAGUGCUCUGUGCCCCCUUCCAGGAUGUAGGCUGAAGAUCACAAAAGGGAAUCUAGCCGUGGCAAAGUUCGUGCGAGAUCUGACAGAAUCAGAGGAUGGGAGCGAAAACUACAUGGCCGGAAGUUUGUUUUUUGGCAAUGGAAAGCGAGAUCCUCGACGGGCGAAGGCAAUCAAAGAUCAACUGAUGCAGUCAUCACAGUUUUGCCGAAGGAAUCCUCAGUCUUCUAACCAGCGCAUCGCUCGACUGGACUGGGAGAGAGAGAUUAAGGAAGGUAUUGGUUACUCCUGGCCACUGUUGAAAGAUGCUAUCGCAAUAGCUCUCAAAGACCAACCAGAGGCAACGAGGACCAAAAUUGUGAGUGCGUACGAAGAUGACAGUCCAUUCUCUAUCAACCUCAUUGCCGCAGUGUUGCGACAAGGGAUAUUCAUCAAAAGGAUAGAUGAACUAGGUUGGCUUAGACCUGGCGCAUUCAAGGACGGCGAUAAGUUGCAAGUCCUAGAACAUGCUCUGCUUCGUUACCACUGCUUCCUCGAUCUAGCAGCAGCCUCACCGAAUUUGAUCCCUGUCCCUACUCUCGACAUUGACCUGAUUUGGCACACUCAUCAGCUUAUGGGGGGCAGGUAUGGUGUUGAUUGUGAAAUAUAUAUUGGCCGUCGUGUUGAUCAUCCACUUACUACAGAAGAGGCCGUUCUUUCAACAGCUCUUGAUAACACAUGUCAUGCGUGGCAGUCACGUUUUCAUAUCCCAUACAUGCAGUGUGGCUGCACUGCUCCAAACGAAACUGUAUUUCAACGGCUUAUCCGCAUUAUCCGGCAGUACACAGGAACUCGAACACAUCUUCAAGUGUCCCUCCAUCCUGACCAUCUACCCGCCACGCAUCCAAGUAUUCACAAUGCUGUUCUCGACCUGGAACGUGGGGCCUUUGGAUCUUUCAGCAAACCCGCUCAUCCGCAACGAGACGAGAGAGACCUUGUCAGAGUCUCUCGUCCACUGGGGGUUCGGAAGAAGCGUUCGAGAAAGACUGAUCCGGAACCUCCACAGCACAUGGAGGAAGGCUUUGUUGCUGAGAAGAUGACUGAGCAACAUGUACCCCUCAGUCCCGCACCCCCAUAUGCCAGCCGCCAUGGGUCGGCCGUACAUUUUAUGCAUGACGUUUGACACCUAUGUAUUGUUCAGACCUGAUUGAUUGCUUGGUUGAUGUAUGUUACAUGCAACCAUCUCUGGACGCUUUUGUUGUAUAUCUAGAAAUUCCUUCUUACUGAUGGUGGGAUUUCCACUUACUGCGUGCUUUUGUUGAUGUCCCCGCUCACCGUGGCAGGACUGCAGAUUCAACAAUAUCAAUGAUUGACGUACUUUCAUAGGGCCUUCAAAUACAAUCGGCCCGUCGGCAUCUUUCCAUCAUGGCAACACGAACA